AUGGGUGUCCAGCACCUAGCAGUAAAGCCCUCAAUCAAGUUGACUGGAAUACUGUCUUGGGAAAAUUACAGAAAUUCGCUCACUGCCCAGGGAUCCCUGUCCUACCCCUUUGGGGGGUCCGGGGGGCACGGGGUGGCAUCCCACCGAGCCUGGUCUUGCCCCACCCGCCCCCUCCACCCGCGGCGUCCCAUCUCUCAGGCGCUGGGAGAAGGGGGGUGCACGCCACGCCGCUGGGGCCCCCGCGAGCAGGGAGAGGGGACCCCUGGAGUCCACAGCAGUCCAGACGCCGGCGGCAGCGAGGAGGUGGCCAGGGCGUGGGAUGUCCCGGAGCCGCGCGGCCCGGCCUCCCGGACCGGUGGUCUAAUGGGCAGCUCGCCGGGAGGCGGGCACAGGCCCGAAGCCUCCCCGCGGCCCAGCCGCCCCGGCCCGCUCCGGCACGGGCUCCUCGGCCGAGGGCGCCGGGGGUCCAGGCCGCCCCGGGCCCCCACCGCGCUCUUUGUCCGGGCCGCGCGCGGGCGGACGCGUGCGCCAUCCCCCGCCUUCCGCCCCCGCCUCCCCCGCCCCCCCCCCACACACAGGGGGACGGCGGGAGGCACGGAGAGCGCGCGCGCGGACGCGGGCACGCGGGCACGCGCGCCGCUCGCCCCCGCGGGCCGCCCGCCGCGCGCGCGCGCGCGCUCCCAGCGCCAGGCACGCCGCGAGCGCGCGCGCGCGCAAGAGCGGGCGAGCACGCGCGCCGGCGCCGCGCCCGCCCCUCCCCCCGCGCUCGCCUCGGAACUUGCUGACUGCGCGGCCGGGAGGAGCCGAGCCGGGCGGCGGCGGCGGCGGCGGGAGGCCACAGCGCGUGGGGGUCUCCCGCGUCCCCUGCGCCUGGCCGGGAGCUCGCGCCCUCGCCCCGCCGAGUUCCCACCACCACCGCCCCCCCUUCCCUUUUUUUUUUUCCUCCCCUUUCCCGAAGGCGCUGGGCGGCGCCACCCUCCGGCCGGAGCCCGGCACUGCAGCGCCGCCUCCGACUUUCAAUGUUCCUCGCUCCCCGGCCGGAGCCUCCGCGGCUUCUUUUCUGCCCUCCCCCCCGGCCCCCCCCCCCCAGCUGCCUCCAUUUCCUUAAGGAAGGGGCUUCUGCUCUCGCCCUCCCCCACAGCGUAG